CUUUUACUCUUCUUCAAUACACACACACAUCUUUUACGUACCUUAUUUAUAUGCUGACAGAUCCACAUUUCAGGGCUUGAUAGUAAAAUAUCCGGGCGCCGUAAUCCUUCCCAACAUUUUUUGUACCUAUGUCGUCCACCCUCGCAGCUUUCUCACUAAGAUACUACACAACAAUUCACGGGCUAGCAUUGUGUUCUUGAUUCUAUCUAUGACUGGUACUGCUCACCGCGUCGAAAAAUGUCGAUCCCGAAUCAGGCCCUCGAAAAGCUGGUGAAGGAGAUCGAGGGCCAGGCAAUAGCAGCACAGCAACAGAUCGGACAGACCCGUGCCCAGACAACAUCGAAGCAGCGAGACAUGCGUAUGCUUCGGUUAACGCUGAAUGAAAUAUCAGGUUUACCAGCUGGGUCAAAUGUGUUUGAGGGCGUAGGCAAGAUGUUCGUGUCAUUGCCCGCUCCACGACUAAUUGAGAAGCUCGAGGGGCAGAUAAAAGAAAAAGAAGCGGAGGUGGGGAAGCUUGGACAACGUCUGCACUACUUGGAGACGACUUUCGAAAACAGCCGGAAGCAUAUUGACCGGAUGUUAAAGGCCCAGUCGUCCUAA